AUGACAGACACGACCAUUAAACAGUUGGCAACUAUUUUUCCGAUAGAUACUGAAGCACUGAAACCAGAUCUCAAAUUUCGUCGACGUCGUUCUAUAAUUCGUGACUUCAGUCUUAACACUUCAACUCAUGGUGUUCCAGGCAUUGCACGUAGUCAAAGCAUACAUAAUCGUAUUUUCUGGAUAGUCUCAACAUUAGCAUUUACUGGUAUUAUGCUGUUCUUUGUUGUUGAAUCGAUAAAGCAAUAUUUCAAUUUUCCAACACAAACAUCAGUAUCAUUUAUUGUCGAACGUUCACAAGCAUUUCCAGCAGUCAGUAUUUGUAAUUAUUCACCAUUUCGUCUUGAUAAUUUUAUUGAACCUUUUCUAAAUUUUACGAAUUCACGUAAUUUGACUAAUACAACUGAUACAAGCACUAUUCCUAUCGAAGCAGCUCCCUAUCUUUUUGAUUUUAUUCAAAAUUUAUUAAAUUAUGAUGAAUAUCUGAGUAAUUACUUUUUUCCUCUGAGUUCAAUGUUAAUCUCUUGUUUAUACAAUGGUGAGCGUUGUCAAGCUACUGAUUUUAUUCAAUUUUUUUCAUUCUAUUUUGGUCAUUGCUACACAUUCAAUGCUAAAAUGAAAUUAAAUGACAGUAGUGUUCGAAGUACUAUUGAUCAUGGAGGUAUCGGUAAACUUGAAUUACAACUCUAUGCACACAGCCAUCAAUAUGUUCCAUAUACUUCAAGGGAUAUAUCAGUUGGUAUGGUGGCUAUGAUUCAUGAUAAUACAGAAUUACCUCUCAUAGAAGUAGCUGGUAUUCAACUUGAUCCUGGACGAAAACACAAGUUUGGUUACAAAAAGAGAACGUAUGAAUCAUUAUCAUCUCCAUAUUCUGACUGUACAAAUGAAGUUUCUCUUGCCAUGCAAGCGAUGUUUAAUCGAUAUGCAGGUGCUGAUUACGCUUAUUCUCAAGUUUUAUGUUACAUGACAUGUGUACAAGCAUAUAUGUAA